ACAAAAUUAUUCAGAACACCAGCUAACAUCAACCAUUUGAGAGAGACUGUUACAUUAACAAUGGUGAAAACUAUGCUGGUAGUAUGUCUGUCACCAAGUCUGGAAAGUCGUGUCAGUACUGGAAAAGCAACUUCCCCCACAGGAUUCAAGAAUUUAAUGUGACACAGCUGAAGCUACCGGAGAACUUUUGCAGAAACCCAGAUAAGAGCAAUCAAGGCCCUUGGUGUUUUACAAGAGACCCGACAGUCAGGAGGGAGGCCUGCAGCGUGCCAAAAUGCGGUGAAGCUGUUGUUCCCCCUCCUCGACCACCUACUGUGAAACCUGAAGAGCAUUACCUGAAGACUAAAGACUGUCUGGAUGGAAAUGGGGAGACCUACACAGGGGAUAUGUUUGUGACUCUGGGGGGACGCACAUGCCUGCAGUGGAGCGCAGCAGAAGUGCAGGCCUUUAUAAAGGGGAAAGAGUUACUACCUCAAGUUCAGCUGGUGAAGAACCACUGCAGAAACCCAGAUGGAGAUAUGGAGGGUCCCUGGUGCUAUGUAAAGGGAGCAGGUGGAAACAUUACCAUUGAUUACUGUGACUUGGAGUUGUGCGAUGCUCCUUUGGACAAGUUUGUCGAUGAAUCAGGUGGUCGAGAGAGAACAACUCUUGAAGACAAAAGGAAAGCUUUCUUUAAUCUCCGUAGUUUUGGCAAUGGAGAGCAAGAGUGUGGAGUGCGCCCCAUGUUUGAGAAGGUCAACAAAGAAGAUAAGAACGAGAAGGAGCUACUGAUGUCAUACACUGGAAGCAGAAUAGUGGGAGGAGAUGAGGCUGAAGUGGCCAGUGCUCCAUGGCAGGUGAUGCUGUAUAAGCGUAGUCCUCAGGAGCUGCUGUGUGGAGCCAGUCUGAUCAGUGAUGAAUGGAUUCUCACUGCCGCCCACUGCAUUCUCUACCCUCCGUGGAACAAGAACUUCACAAUCAAUGAUAUUUUCGUCCGCCUUGGAAAACACUCUCGUACCAAGUAUGAGAGGGGCACUGAGAAGAUUGUGGCUAUUGAUGAAAUCAUUGUCCACCCGAAAUAUAACUGGAAGGAAAACCUGAACAGAGACAUUGCUCUUUUACACAUGAAGAAGCCUGUUGUCUUUACAAAUGAGAUCCACCCUGUUUGUCUGCCCACCAAGAACAUUGCAAAGAAUUUAAUGUUUGCAGGUUACAAGGGCCGUGUGACUGGCUGGGGGAACCUCAGGGAAUCGUGGUCCUCAAACCCAACCAAUCUUCCAUCAGUGCUGCAACAGAUUCAUUUGCCCAUUGUGGAUCAGAGCAUCUGUCGCAAUUCCACCUCGGUCAUCAUCACCGAUAACAUGUUCUGUGCCGGCUACCAGCCAGAUGAUACAAAAAGAGGUGAUGCUUGUGAAGGAGACAGUGGCGGACCUUUUGUGAUGAAGAGUCCUACAGAUAAACGCUGGUAUCAGAUUGGCAUUGUGUCGUGGGGUGAGGGCUGUGACCGUGAUGGCAAAUAUGGAUUCUACACACACUUAUUCCGUAUGCGUUGCUGGAUGAAGAAAGUCAUUGACAAAACAGGCUCAGCAGAUGAGGAGUGAUCUUCCAAGCUGCCACACAAUAAAUGAACACUUUUUGGUAAAAUGUGAUCAAACCUGCAAAUGGAUAAAUAAACCUGAAUUCUUUGUUUGUUGAUACCAGUGUGUGAGUAUGGGGUUCUUUCUGUGUAUUGAGAGUGAGAAUGGGUAGGCAUAUUGUUUAGAAUGAAAUAGAUGUAAUUCUGGUUGAAUUCUGAAAUUAAAUAUCAGGUUUUUGCCAUACAGAACUAGAGAAGGAACAGUGAUGAGACCAGUUUCGAGGGUGAUUACAACAUACCAGACAACACCAAGUUGCUCUUACUUUUUUUCAUAGUUGUCAGAACUACUGUAUUUUUUUGUUGAGAUGCUUUGAAAGAGGAAGCAUUUUCAGGACAGUUUAAAGGUCAUAAAGUUUCCUGUUAUUAAAUUCACAUAAAUGGGAAGGCAGACAGAAUAAAUGAUUAUUAAGAUUAGUUUAAUACAUUUUUUUUCAUCUUCCAAGAAAAUUUGUGAAGCCGUGCAAUGAUCACUAAAUGCUCUCAUCAAUGAAUUUCUGU